CGUGAUUAACAAUUUUGAUAUACUAAUAUUCCACAUUUAACGGCUAGCGGAAACUCCACCAAGCUAUUACGGAAACUAAUCAACAAAACUUCAAUUUUUUUAAUAAUUCAUAUUUGCCCCCCAUCUUAAUCGCUCCCUCCUACAACAGGCUCCAAAAAAACUAGCCGUUACGGAGCUCCGUGUCCAACGUUCAUCUUAUUUUCCCUCUUCUUCACUUUCUCACAAUCAACGCUUCCAAAUUCUCCAUUUUUCUCUCUCUUACUUUCUCGAGUGAUUUCAGUUGAAGGAAGCAAAAAUGGCGACUCCAACAAAAGACCCACAAAGUGUUCGAUCAAAUGCCGCUGAGAAAAUAAAGAAUCAAGAGAAUUCUAAUCCUAAUUUGAAAUCAUCUCCUUCGAUUAAAUCUGCGAAAUCCCAGAAAUCUGGGAGUAAAAACCCGAUUUCUUCUUUUGUAUCACCAAAGAAGAAGAUCAGGGAGAGGAAAUUUGUGGUUGCGAAGAAGAAUAAUGUGAAGAAGCAUGAAUUGAAUCGUAAUUGUAAGUGUAAAGAUAGGGUUGAUGGGAAGUGUUUGUGUGUUGCUUAUGAGAAUUUGAGGGUUUCUCAGGAAGAGUUUUUUAAGAGUAGGGAUGAAAAUGAUGGUGGGGUUGAAGAGUAUGAAGAUUUUGAUAAACCCAGUAGUGAGAAAUUAGAAUUUGGGGGUUUAGAUGAUGUGGGUGAUUGCGAACCGGAGGCGGCUGUUUCUCCGAAAGGGCUGGGUAGUUCGACUACGAAACGAAGGCGGGAUAUAUUGUUGCAGGAGGCAAGGGCGAGUGUUCCAGAGCCGGGUUCAGGGAGGGUUUUGCAUCUGGUGAAGGCAUUUGAGAAGCUUUUGACAUUGCCUAAGAAAUCGGAGGGUAACAAAGAUGGUGAAAAUGAGGUGGAGGAUGAGGAGGAUGAUACAAAGAAAGGGAUUAAAUGGGCGUUGCCUGGAUUGCAGCAGCCUCCUAGAGCACCCGAAACACAGGAAUCGUCGUCUGCUUUUUGUCCCGGAGAAUUGUUCUUCAAUGCUGAAAGCUUGGGGAUGGAUGCUCAUGUUACUUCUUCAUUGGAUAGUAGCAGGGGAAGUGUUUCGAGCAGAAGUUCGAUUGGAAGUCGAAGAAGAAGAAGUGGCUCAUUUUCUUCAGGGACUGUUGGUGGAAGCAAGUGGAAGAAGAAGCAACAGCAUAGAGUCACAUCCCAGAGACCAUUUAGGCUGAGGACUGAGCAAAGAGGAAAAAUGAAGGAGGAGGAGUUUGUCAAAAAAGUACAAGAAAUGAUGAUUGAAGAGGAGAAACAGCGGAUACCUAUUGCACAAGGCCUUCCAUGGACAACUGAUGAACCAGAAUGUCUGAUAAAGCCACCAAUUAAAGACAUAACAAGGCCAAUCGACCUGAAGCUGCACAGCGAUGUAAGGGCUGUGGAACGGGCAGAGUUUGACCACCAGAUUUCUGAAAAAUUGACGAUGAUAGAGCAAUACAAACUGGAUAGAGAAAGGCAACAGAAGUUAGAAGAGGAGGAAGAAAUAAGAAGAUUAAGAAAGGAACUAGUCCCGAAAGCUCAGCCCAUGCCUUACUUUGACAGGCCUUUCGUCCCCAGGAGGUACGGGGUCAACAAAGCAACCAACGAUUCCAAAAGAUCCAAGGUUUCAAUAUCCCCAGCAAAAGAAAAUUAAGUGUUGUGCUUCUUGGAAUGACUUGAAUGAUUAUAUCCAUGCAGCAUGACUGGAACCAAUCUUAAACAUUACAUUUUCGAAGCAAUUCUCAGUGUUGCCUAUCCUUGAAGAUGUCAUAAUUCUUUUGUUCAUAAUUUUUUUUUUUGUUUUCUUACAUCAUUGAUUUAACUUGCACACAAAGUGUUUCUCAAUAUGAGUUUGAAGAACAAACGGUUGCCAAUUACUCCAUAAUUAGUACACAAAAGAUGUAUUUCUUGCUAUCUACCCCUUUUUACCUUUACAACUUCACCAUCUCUAAGAAACAUGUUUGAUAAAAUUAUCUUAAAAAAAGACAUUAUGCAACCGUGCUAAGAUGAAGUAAUAACAUGCAUUAAAAUUUCUUUUUUCUGGAUCUCUUUUAUGAUAUUUUUACUUCCUCCAAUGCAUUAGCAAAGCUAUUGUCAAAAAAAAAAAUGCAUUAGCAAAAUAGCACCAUCAUUAAAAAAAAAAAAAAUUUAAACAUUGGUGUUGAUAACGUGUUAUAAAAUAAAGAGAGAAUAUAUGAGAGAUUAGGAGAGCAGAGAUGCAUAGAAUAUUUUGCUACGUGUUCUUUUCUUUUACAUCUCUUUAUAAUCUUUUUCUUUUAUUGACCUUCUUUAUAUGUCAUUGAUAAGUUAUUGUAGAAGUUUUCCAUCUUCCUCCAUUUACAUAACAAUAGCUCUAAAAAUUUUGUAACCUCCUAUAUAAUUCAACAUAUUGAAUUUCUUAAUCUUUUCCUCUUCUCCCAUCUUUCAAAUUCAUAUUUUUUUUUUUUUUGAAGGGUCUUUCAAAUUCAAGUUAAUUGAACGUGUUAUUUAAUAUUCAUUAACCCUUUAUCAUCUACCCAUAUUUCCUUUCCUAGUAUAAAUUUCAUAUUAAGCAUUUAUGACAUUAUCUGGAUUCCCUUUAUAUAAUCGACAUAAAAGUAUCUCUACAAAUGUUGUGCAAAAUCUAUCCUACAAUGAAGAUGGUGAUUGAAAGGAGAAAUU